AAAUUUAAAAUCAUUAAAAAUUCAUAAUUGUUUUAUUCCACCUAAUGACGAAUUAAUGCCAUUAGCUUCAUUUUCCAAAUUGGAAGAGUUUGAUUUUUGUAAUGAAUGGAAUCCUCUUUAUCCACUUCCACAACACGCAUUUUGGGAAAUAAUGUUUCACAACACGAAAAACUCUUUACGAAAAAUGUCUCUUUGGUGGUUACGGACAGACCCAAAAGAUGGAUGUCAGAUAAUUGAUCCAAUAGCAAAACAAUGUUCAAAUAUAAACAUUCUUCAUUUACCCGUUUUGUGGAUAAACGAAGUUUUAAUUAUAUUAAAUUAUUGCACACAACUUAAAGUAUUUUCAUUUAGUGGUGAUGAUUUUGACGCGAACGAAUCAUUAACACAAAUGGGAAAAUUGGUUCCUGUAACUUUACGGUCUUUGACCAUAAAGGAUGGGCAUAUGGGAGGUUGGACGUUCACGGAAAAAUCUCUCGAUUGCUUUUUGAAAAAUUGCAAUGCCACGUUGGAGGUAAUGGAUUUGACACUUUGUAGUUGUGCAACUGAUAGACAUUACGAG